ACGUGACCAAUCCACGGCAAAGACCCGGGUCUGAGCAUUCCGUUAAAACCUCAAUUCGUUCGCAUUUGGCAGCAGCGAAGCUCCGACAACGUCAGGCCGUCACGCAUUCGUUAUCCCGCACUUUACAAUGGCGUCCCGCUUGGCGAGAAGUGCUGUCGGGGCUGCCCGCCUGCGACCGAGCAUUGCUCCGCGCGCUCUUCCUGCCAUCUCGUCCCUCGUCACGGCCCGGCACAACUCGAACGUGCCCUCGACCGACCCCAAGACCAAGGCCCAGUCGAUCCUCGAUGCCCUGCCCGGCAGCAGCCUGCUUUCCAAGACGGCGAUCCUCUCGUCGGCUGCCGGCCUGUCCAUCUAUGCGCUCAGCAACGAGUACUACGUCAUGAACGAGGAGACGGUCGUUGCCUUCUGCCUCCUCAGCGUCUGGACCGCGCUCAUCAAGUUCGGCGGCCCCGUGUACCGCGAGUGGGCCGAGAGCCAGAACGAGAAGAUCAAGAACAUCCUCAACGCCGCGCGCGCCGACCACACCCAGGCCGUCAAGUCGCGCAUCCAGGACGUCCAGCAGAUGUCGAGCGUCGUUGACGUGACCAAGGCCCUGUUCGAGGUGUCCAAGGAAACCGCCAAGCUCGAGGCCGAAGCCUACGAGCUUGAGCAGCGCACGGCGCUGGCUGCCGAGGCCAAGGCCGUGCUGGACUCGUGGGUGCGCUACGAGAGCCAGGUUAAGCAGCGCCAGCAGAAGGAGCUCGCCCAGGCCGUCAUCGCCAAGGUGCAGAAGGAGUUGGAGAACCCCAAGGUGCUGCAGCAGAUCCUGCAGCAGAGCGUGGCGGAUGUUGAGAGGAUCUUCUCUUCCAAGGCUCAAUAGACGGCUAGUCAAGACAGCUGCGACGCGAGAUUCCCUUUGUACCAGUGUCUAUACACACCUCUGUGCCAAUAAA